AUGUCAGACAGUUUUAGUUCAGGAGCAUCCUACAAAACUGGGGAAAGCCAAUUGACGAGACGCUACCAAACUGAUAGCUCUAAAGAUGACACCCAAGUCAUUGCUAAGGAUGGUGACCUCGAGGAGAUAAUAGCCAGGACAUCAAAUCUUAAUAUAAAUAAAACACAUCACAAGAAGUCCGUGAGUACCUUAUUCACCAAGCUUAUCAACCCAUUUAUUCUCACAGCAUUAUCAGCAUUUGUCCGAUUGUAUAGAAUUGAAGUUGCCAACAAAGUUGUCUGGGAUGAAGCUCAUUUUGGAAAAUUUGGAUCUCAUUAUUUGAAACAUGAAUUUUAUUUUGAUGUGCAUCCACCGUUGGGAAAGCUUUUGGUGGGGUUGUCAGGAUACUUAGCUGGUUAUGAUGGAAGUUUUGACUUUGAAAGUUCUGUGGAUUAUCCCGAAGACAUGAACUAUGUUCUCAUGAGGAUCUUCAACUGUGUUUUUGGGAUUGUGUGCACGCCAUUAGCAUACAAAACAGCCGUAUUGCUUGGAUAUAACCAAUUAACCUGUUGGUUUAUUAGUUUACUGGUGAUUUUUGAAAUGCUCUCGUUAACUUUAUCAAAAUUCAUAUUGUUGGAUUCAAUAUUGUUGUUUUUCACCGUAUUUGCGUAUUUUGCCCUUAUCCAUGUCCACAAUUUACGAACAAGUGAUCAAUUACUAACGUUUCAAGGUAUAAAAUGGCUUCUGAUCACUGGGUUUGCAAUUGGUUGUGUAUGUUCUACCAAAUGGGUUGGAUUAUUCAUGACCGCAUUAGUUGGUCUCUAUACUAUUUUAGAUUUGAUCAUUAAAUUUUAUCAAACUAUAUCAAAGCAAUUGCCAUGGAAACGUUACUUAUUGCAUUGGAUAACCAGAAUUUUCACAUUAAUAGUCCUUCCUGUGACGAUUUACUUGGCUGCAUUCAAGGUUCACUUUCUUGUAUUGAGUCAUGCAGGAGAAGGAGAUUCUGCAGUUUCAACGUUGUUGCAAGCAUCGCACGAGGGAAGCGAUAUUAAAUCAGGACCAAGAUCAGUAGCUUAUGGGUCGUUUGUUACUUUACGUUCUCAAGGAUUGAGCCAAAAUUUGCUUCAUUCGCAUCCGCACAACUACCCUGAAGGGCUCCAAGAGCAACAAGUUACGACAUACGCAUACAAAGAUGAAAACAACGUGUUCUUGAUUGAGUUUGAUAUUAAUGCUGCCAUCCUGGGGAAGCGGGCAUUACCUGAAACUUCAGGUAAUAAUGGAACGGAAACCGAGACCACUAUUGAGAGUCAACAGUUAUUGCAAAAUGGUGAUGCUAUAAGACUUUUCCACAAUAGCACAGGUAGAUAUAUGCAUGCAAAUGCUAUCCCGGCAGCAGUUGCUAAAACCCAUUUUGAAGUGUCAUGCUUUGGUACUAUUGAUACUACCGAAAUUAAGGACGAAUGGAUUUUGGAGAUCCAAACACAGGAAGAAUCACCUUCUCAGUUUUUUGCGAAUGAAAGUGGACACGAACUUCACCCAAUUUCAACUAACUUCCGGUUGAGAAAUAAGGAGCUUGGUUGCUAUCUAGCCACCACUGGAUAUGCUUAUCCAUCUUGGGGGUUCAGUCAAGGGGAAGUAGUAUGCAAGUAUUCAUAUUUCAAUCGUGACAAAAGUACUUGGUGGAAUGUGGAAGAACACGUAAAUGACAAACUUCCACUACCUUCCGAAACCUACGUCCCACCUAAACCAAAGUUUUGGAGGGAGUUUGUAUUACUCAAUUUUGCCAUGAUGACAUCAAACAACGCCCUUAUUCCAGAUCCCGAUAGGUUUGAUAAGCUCAGUUCAGAGUGGUGGGAAUGGCCCAUCCUAAAGACAGGAUUGAGAAUGUGUAGUUGGGGAGCCGAUGAUAUAAAGUUCUUUUUAAUAGGAAAUCCUUUUGUCACUUGGUUCUCAUCAUUAUCUUUGAUUUUGUUUUUGUUUUAUUUAUUAUCUGUGGGUUUCAAAUACCAAAGACAAACUGUCAGAUAUGAAGUUGACUCAUGGGAAUCAUUGCUCAGUCAAGGGAUUUUACCUUUUAUUGGAUGGUUUCUACACUAUUUCCCCUUUAUUAUUAUGGGUAGAGUGACAUACUUGCAUCAUUAUGUGCCUGCAUUGUAUUUUGCUAUAUUCACAAUGGGAUUUGUUGUUGAUAGAUUUGCUACAGUGGUGCCCAAGAAAAUCUCAUAUGUCAUUUACGGGCUAUUAUACAUCGCUGUAAUAGGCUCGUUUUGGUAUUUGCGAGUUCUUGCAUUCGGGAUGGAACAAUCCUCGAAGCAAUACAAACAUUUGAAGAUUUUGGACUCAUGGAUGAUAUAG